AUGGAAACCGGAGGAGGAAAAGUGAAGAAGGGAGCCGGCGGGAGGAAGGGCGGCGGCCCGAAAAAGAAACCGGUUUCCCGCUCCGUGAAAGCCGGUCUCCAGUUUCCGGUCGGCAGGAUCGGCCGGUACCUGAAGAAGGGGCGGUACUCGCAACGGGUGGGCACCGGCGCGCCGGUUUACAUGGCUGCUGUCCUCGAGUACCUUGCCGCCGAGGUUCUGGAAUUGGCUGGAAAUGCAGCAAGAGACAACAAGAAGAGCAGGAUCAUCCCAAGGCAUGUGCUGCUUGCUGUUAGAAAUGAUGAGGAGCUUGGCAAGCUUCUAGCUGGGGUUACAAUUGCUCAUGGUGGAGUUAUACCAAACAUCAACCCAGUUCUUCUGCCCAAGAAAUCCGACAAGGCAGCUGAGAAAACUCCUAAAUCACCAUCCAAGGCUGCUAAGUCCCCAAAGAAGGCUUAGAAUUCUAGUGUUUUGUGGAUAGUUGAAAUUUAGAAAUAUGAGGAUGUUGCUUAAGUAGUGUUUAUGUAGUGUUAAUUGGCGUGUUCUUGGAAUGUAGGGUUGUUUAGCUUCUACUAUGUGUUGUUUCUAUUCUGAAUGAGUUUGAAUUCAAUGAAAAGAUCUUUAUUUUUAAUUCUCCAUUAUGCAGCUAGCAAAUGAUCUCUGAAAGUUUUUGAAUUAUAAGUUCUUUGGUUUA